GGGGUUUUGUGUUAUAAAACUCGGAUUUUGUGUUUGGGAUUGUAAAGUCUCUUUAGGUAAAUUUGGCUAGCGUUGUCAAUGCACUGACUUCUCCUUUCCAAUAACUGGCCCUAGUUCAAGUUUCCAUUCUCAGCAAAAUUAUAUCUUUCAAGACUUGUAUUUUUCCAAUUUGCAAGCACUUUUAAGCUGCUGUCACUGGCUCCCCGAUGCAACUGCCUGUGGGCUCAAUGCAUGCUACGUCCCUACCGCUUAGUCCAGCUGCUUUCAAGUACUCCACCACUAGGACUUUUCUUAGUCAAGUCCGUGGCUUAGGAGUUAAGAAUACAUCCUUGUCGGGCACCUGAUCCUGCCGCCCUUGAGAUGCCAAGAUGCCCACUGGCUACCUUGCUUUUAAAAGAAAUGAAGUCAGUAUACACAUAUGCUAUGUGGUCUGACAGCUGGGGAUUUUGUCUCCCUGCUUAGAUGAUCCUAAAAGGGACUGUGUAGUGUUAUCUCUGCAUUAAUUACAAGUUUGGAAAACUCCAAAUGAACUUUGCUGUGUAUGCUGAACUUUUCAGAAGUAGAGCUAGCUAGCCAUAAGUUGUUGCUUUUUCCUGAACUUGGAGCAGGAAGUGGUUUCAGGGAGCUACGUGGUUCUUUCAAAUGUAAUUCAAUGAGGAAAGGUGUCUGCCAGGCAGAGCUCACAAGCUGAUUCUACUGUGAGUCUCAAGAUAUUUCCAAGUGUUUGAGUCAGAGGGAAGAGGGCACAGGGGAGGACUGGAACGUGGGUCCCUGUCCAGGCUGGCUACCACAGGCACACGAUGGAGAUCGGUGGCUUGACUGGGAGGAAGAGAUUGACUCAAAUCCCAGCCGUGCAAUUUGUUUAUUGUCUGAAUGGACAAAAGGCAGUUCACCCAGGCUCAUAGCAUACCUGCCUGGGUGUCCAAAUGUAACUAGAUGCUUUCACAAACCCCACCCACAAAGCAGCACAUGUUUUUAAGUCCUCAGUUUUCUAUUCACAUCAGUCUCAUAAUACCCACCCUGACCUGCUGUAAAAGAUCUGGAACAAACAAAAAUGGUUACACCUACACAGGUGAAGAUGCCCGUCACAUCCUCCUCGCAUCUCUUCUACCUGGCCCUGUGCUUGCUCGCCUUCACCAGCUCUGCCACGGCGGGACCCGAGACCCUCUGCGGGGCUGAGUUGGUGGACGCUCUCCAGUUCGUGUGCGGAGACAGGGGCUUUUAUUUCAACAAGCCCACGGGAUACGGGUCGAGCAGUCGGCGGGCGCCCCAGACAGGAAUCGUGGAUGAGUGCUGCUUCCGGAGCUGUGAUCUGAGGAGGCUGGAGAUGUACUGCGCGCCUCUCAAGCCCGCCAAGGCGGCCCGCUCCGUCCGUGCCCAGCGCCACACCGACAUGCCCAAGGCUCAGAAGGAAGUACAUUUGAAGAACACAAGCAGAGGCAGUGCGGGAAGCAAGAACUACAGGAUGUAGGAGGACCUCCCCGAAGAGUGAAGAAUGACGCGCCACCGGCAGGACCCUUCGCUCUGCACAAGUCACCUGUCAAACACCAGAAGACCUACCAAAAACAAGUUUGAUAACAUUUCAGAAGAUGGGCAUUCCCCCCAGUGAAACGAGUAAACAUUCCAACAUUGUCUUUAGGAGUGAUUGUUCAAAGCUUUGCACCUUGCAAAAAUGACCCUGGAGUUGGUAGAUUGCUGUUGAUCCUUUAUCAAUAAUGUUCUAUAGAGAAAAUAUAUAUAUAGAUCUUAGUCCCUGCCUCUCAAGAGCCACAAAUGCAUGGGUGUUGUAUAGAUCCAGUUGCACUAAAUUUAUCUCUGAAUCUUGGCUGCUAGAGACAUUCAUUCAGCAGGCUUGUCUAAGUGGUUUAUUAAUUUUUUUUAUUUGCACUUCUUUCUACGCAACACAGGCUGUUUGUUUUACAGUGUCUGAAAAUCUUGUUCUUCUAUCCCGCUCCAUUCUCCAUCACCUUUAUAUUUGCUGAAUUUGGCCUCCGAAGCAGCAGCAGCAAGCAGUUAAGUAGCACACCAGUGUUUAACCCACAAGAUCCCAUCUGUGGCAUUUGUACCAAAUAUAAGUUGGAUGCAUUUAUUUUAGACACAAAGCUUUAUUUUUUCCACAUCUUGCUAAAAGAUGCAAGUAGUUACAACUUUGAGGCCAAUCAUUUUAGGCGUAUGUUUUAAGCAUAGAAAGUCUCAAACUCUGAAUGGUUCCUUCAAGAGAUGAGUUAGUGUGUGACCUGAUCAGUACUUCUCUCUUUUUAUUUCUUCCAUAUAGAGCACUAUGUAAAUUUAGCAUAUCAAUAAUACAGGAUAUAUCAAACAGUAUGUAAAACUCUGUUUUUUAGUACAAUGGUGCUAUUUUGUAGUUUGUUAAAUGAAAGAGUCUGGCCAAAACGGUAAAAGGUGAAAGCAAAACUAAAGAGGAAGCCUGGAGCCAAAGGUUACACAGAGGGGAAGGGUACUCAAAACUCAAACAUUUGGGAAAGAGAAGCUCCCCAAUUGUGGCUUCCAAGAAAAAUAAGACACAAAGUCCACUGAUACAAAUUUGAUUGGCGAGUCCAGAGAGGAAUAGAAAAAGCAGAAGGCUAGGAGUUUAAUAAUCCUGGUUUCUUAUUCUCGCUGAAGAAACAAACAUCUGAUGACUCUGCCACGGACUCACCACUGUGUGACCUUGGGCAAGUCACUUCACCUCUCUGUGCCUCAGUUUCCUCAUCUGCAAAAUGGGGGCAAUAUGUAAUCUACCUACCUCACAGGGGUGGUAUGAGGAUUAAAAAGAUAAAGCUCCAGAUUUUUAUCCUGAGUUGCUAUGAGGGCAUCAAGAUCAGAGCCCUUAAGUUGCUAGGAUGCAAAGAAUUCUAUAAACAACCCAUUCAGAGCAUAGCUAGAAAAUUGAUAAGCUGAAGGCUCUUGACAUGCCAGUUCUUGUCAGUGAGGCUAUCCAACUAACUAUCUGUUAAAAGCUAACAGUUCAAUCCCUUUUAAAAUACUUUUCAAAAUAGAAAUAUUUGCAUCUACAAUUUGAUUUUGAUCUGCAUUUGGAUUUAUAAAUAUAAAGUGAAAAUGGAGAAAGGAAAAGAAAGAAGGAGAAAAACAGAUUUCUACAAGUGAAAGAAUGGUUACUCCUUUUGUUAGCACAUACUGACUCUUCCAGGCAUUUACUAAUAAUCGAAUAAUUUGUUGUUGUUUAGUCGCUCAGUCAUGUCCUACUCUUUGUGACCCCGUGGACCAUAGCCCACCAGGCUUCUCUGUCCAUGGGAUUUCCCAGGCAAGAAUACUGGAGUGGGUUGCCAUUUCCUCCUCCAGGGGAUCUUCCCAACCCAGGGAUCGAACCCACAUCUUCUGCUUGGCAGGCAGAUUCUUUACCACGGAGCCACCUGGGAAACCCAAUCUAAUAAUACUUAUUUUAAUAUCAUAAAUGAGACUAUUCAUUUUGAAAGCCACAGUUAUUUCCUCUUUUUAAGCCCAAGAUUUCAAAUACUGAAAUAAUAACUAGUAAAAAGUCACAAAUUUACUUUCCUGAAUGUAUUUUGUUCUUAUCCUUGGAAGUAUAUACAUAAACAUAUAUUUAAAAAAAAUUUUUUUCACAAAAACAUGCUUAACAAGAGUUGCAAGUUGAGAGACAAAAGUUUCUUUCACAGCUAGAAAUUUUCUAGCUCAUAACUCUUGUCUGCUUAGAAGAGUGGCUUCUAGUCCUCUGUGGAUGUAUCUUAUCCAUUCAAUUGAAAAUUGGUAUCAAGAAAACCCAGUGAUAGAACAAGUCCAUGCUGACCUAGAAAAAUAUUUCCUGUCUAUAUAUCAAGGUUUUCUUACUAAAACAACAAAUCAUUCAUCAUUCAUAUCUUUUUAUCUGCCUUAGAAUUUUUUGGUAAAAAGCAACCAGACUUGAUUAUUUCAUGUAAAUUAUAUCCCUUUUAUUCUUGGAGAGUGUACAUGCAAAGCAAAAAUAGCAUCUUUAGUUUUCAUUCCACUGGUUCACCUCAAGGUUCAGAGGCCAGAAAAAAAGAGAUUUCUUGUAUCUCCAAACUUAUGCAAAAAGAGGCCUCUUUAAUGGAUGUCCCUUUCAGCCAACUGGUAUUUUAACCUCAGUCCACAGUGUUAUUUGAAUUCAGCACCUCCAGCAUGCUGAAUUAUGUUCUGAUCACCGUGGACAAUGUAAAAGAAACCAUAGGUGGUUUUGCUCUUCAUCUAUUUUCUGGACAUAUGGGUUCUGUGGAUCCACUGGGAAAAUGGAUCCAUUUUCCCAAAAUGGCACUUCUGAUUUUUAUUUCUUAUUCCUAGUGUAUACCUUUUUAAAUUACUGACUACCAAUAACAUGUUACAUGCAACCUUCAACAGACUUAUGUUUCCAGACAUAGGUGAAUAUGUUAAUUCUAAGAGUGUCUAUGACUUAUUUGAUUCACUAAUAAUUCUAUUCAUAACCAAAAAUACCCCAGUGAGAAAAGCUUAAAUAUGAAAAGCCAUAUUACUUUUCUUAAUUUUUCUAACAUAUAGUCCUAUUCAACUGUAUCAUAAAUCAGCUAGUUAAAAAUUAGCUAAUUAUGCUAACCCACUGUCUUAUUUUCAAAUGAUUUAAAACUAGAAGUCAAAUUGCUGUCAAUUCCAAAACCCGGCUGAUCACUAUAUAGUACAGCAGAAUGACCCAGUAUUGACAGAAGGAAGCACAUAAAAUCUUACAGCUCAAUUUGUAAGCUUUACUUUAGAAUUUUAAGAUGAGGCAAUAUCAAGAUAUUUGCAAAAGAACUAUAAGUACGUGUAAGAGUGAACUUUCAAUUUAUGGGUUGAUUUCCAGUUUAAUUUACAACACAAUACCUAUGUCAAAUGUCCAUUCCCAGUUCCCCAAAUAGUAUAAUUGUAUUAUUAGAACAUUUUAAAAUGAAGAAGACCCACUAAAAAAGUGAAGGCACCUUUCCAUUAGAAUCCACUCUUCUAGAGAUAAGGGAAAACUCUCCCAAUACUCACCCUACACACACACACACACUCAUCCUAAGAGUCCAAUGGAAUAUUGAGAAGAAAUCGCUUCUUUGAAAAAUCUUUAAAAAAAAAAAAAAGCCUGGUGUCCCGGAAGAUUCCUUCCCCUCCUUGUAAUGUCAAUGUUUGUGUAGAUGAAACCAUCUCAUGCACUGUGGCUUCAGGGUUUCUGUUACUAGUUUAUGCACUUGGGAGAAUGCUUUAAAUGGAAGAUGUAGCACAUUUUGCUUUCCCAUUUAUUGUUUGGCCAGCUAUGCCAAUGUGGUGCUAAUGUUUCUUUAAGAAAGUACUUGACUAAAAAAAAAAAAAGAAAAAAAGAAAAAAAAGAAAGCAUAGACAUAUUUUUUUAAAGUAUGAAAACAACAAUUCUAUAGCUAGAUGGCAUAAGAAAAUAGCAUUAUGUCUAGUCACCACCACCUUUCAACUUUUUAUCACUUGCAAGUAGUGUACUGUUCACCAAAUUGUGAGUUUGGGGGUGCAAGGGCUGAAGAUAAAAAUUGUUUUAAGUUAGAAGUCUCCAUUGUUUUGUUGGCUCUCAAACUCAACAAAAUUAGCAAUAUAUUAUCCAAUCUGAACAUGUUGUUUGAUUCAGGAGCAUGGAGUAUAGAAGGGAAAGAAAAAAGAAAAAAAAA